CGCUCACUCACUCCCUGACCGAGCCGGCCCUUCAUUGAAAGCCGUAGUUUUACGAGGCUCUAAGCUCUUGCAAGGGUACCUUCAUUGGCCCCGUACCCGUACGGCCUCCAUCGGAGAUAUGGACGUUCAAAUCUUUGUCCACCCGUCGAGUAACGUGGCCACUUCAUAAAUUCGGAAAAUGCAAGCGCCCUGUUGUAUUCGUUGAACAGGGGAUUGCGAAUCUCCUUCUACUCGCCCCAUGCAGCAGUCCGAGAACGCGCUUUGGUACUUGGAUCCUCUUCCACCGAUCAUCAAUCGACGUCCUUCGUUAGCGAGUGAGUGAUGGAACCACUUCGGUUUAGAUUUGCCAGUCACAGCCGUCCCGGGGGGCCAUGGCAGUGCAGGGCAGAGAAGAGCAGGGCAGUACAGACCAGAAUCUGUGGCUUGAGGCUGUGUUCGGUCUACGUGAGAGGGCAAUAGUAUUCGUUAUUAGUUUGCCGAUCCACGUAUUCUUCUCUUGGCAUCUUCAUGUCCGUAAUCGUUAAGUGGGUGUGAGCAAAAGAAGGCCGUACGUGUGCUGAGAAGCGCUUGGGCCACUGGAGGAGAUUGUCUUUCUCAUCUCUUAAACUCCUCUUUGUGUAACUGAGCUUUGUGAGCAAAUUUGUCAGUCAAAUCCGGUCGUUUGACCGAUUCUAUCGAAGGGAUUUUGGGCGGGUCUCUCUCCAGAGAUGCAAGUGAUGGAGUUAAAGGUCUAUCAGCGAUGUAAGCAAGCAAGCGUGCUUCAGGGUCCGGUACUUACGAGCCCUAAACUUGCGCCGAUGGAUGCAAUUAGAAGUGAUUUCGGAAUGAACGCGUUUGUAAUGGCACAGAUGUUCUCUGGUCUUGUAAUGGGCAUGCAGUCCCUCCGAAAUGCUGGGAUAAUAUAUCUCGUUAGGAUGAGAAGGGAUGAGAUCUGAUCCGCGAGAGGAAUGUAGAGGGAAUGAAGCAUUGUAACAAGGAGCACGACUUGAACUCGCACCCAAGGAACAAGGGAACAUCAAUCUGUAGUGACGCAUGAUACUUGCGGUCACAUAGCUCUGGAAUAAACGCUUUCAAUCCACUGUUUGCCGCUUGCUCAUACUUCUCUGUUGUCAUACAGAGCUCCAGGACAGGCCUCCUUAUAGAAUCACUUCUUAUCCAGCAUCCAUGGCGCUUGACCACUGAUUGCUCAGCGCUACUGUAUUCACUUAUGCCUACUUUACCAUUAAACCAAAGGACGAGGGGGAAAGGCAGAUUUUACUCCCUCGUGGCCGUCUGAUGUUCCACCUACACACCCGCCUCAACCUUUUUUCCGUGC